GAUAAAAAAUUAAUACAAUUCAUGCCAAUUUUUUAAUUUCCAUAUUUAUUUUGUUCAAAGGGUUUUGGAGGUUUAGCGGUGCGGCAGAAAUUCCGAUGUGGUCGGUUCUAAAAUCUCGAAGCUUCGCUUCUUCCCCUGCAACUCAACAAUGGAAGCUAGGGUUAUCAAUCCUCAAUCGCUCUCUAUCUUUCUCUUCCUCCGCCACCAACGACGGUGCCGAUGAAGGAAUACGCAGCGGAGAGUUACUGAAACUGGAGGAAGUGGAGACAAUCCUCAGAGAUGUCAAAGCUGAUAAUGUCAAAGUUUUUCCCAUUCCUAAGCACUGUGAUUUUGCAGAUUUCAUGGUCGUUGCUACUGGUCGAUCCGCUUGGCACGUCCGUAAUAUUUCUCAAGCCCUAAUUUACAAGGUUAAGCAGAAGCAAAAAGGAUCAAAGAGAAUGUUGUUACCUAGCGUGGAAGGGCAAGAAGCGGGCAACUGGAUUGUAAUCGACUCUGGCAAAGUAGUAAUUCAUGCCCUUGAUGAGAAAGUGAGAGCGUACUACAACUUAGAGAAGCUUUGGAGCACAUAUGCAUCGAACCAGGACCAUGGUGUUGGUCAGGGUCAGGAUUUGGACAAGGCCUUUGUGAAGGUUCGCCCUAAGAAUAACUCUAAAAAACGGCCCUCUACAACUGCCUGACGUAUGAGCUUCAGCAUGGAAAAUCAGCUGUCAUGUUGGCUGGCAAUCCCAGCCUCUAUAUAGAAGUGGUUUCUUCCAGGAAUCCAGAGUUUUACUUUUGGAGAUUGUUAUCAGUUCAAAGCUUGAAUGUUCCAUUUUCGUCAAUGAGGUGUACAUUCUCAUUAGUUCAAAGCUUGAAUGUUCCAUUUUCGUCAAUGAGGUGUACAUUCUCAUAUUACGUUACAAACAACAGUGAACCCUUUGGUGUGUAAUAGUUUUUCCGGUUAUGUAUGUAUGUUAGGGUUAAUGAGCCAUGACUAUUUUCUCAACUUGGUUCACUGGGAAGCAAGUUGUUCAAUAACCUGAAGUGUUUUUCUUCAGUUUUGUGUAACUUGUUGGGUACUUAUUGUUAAAAAUGGUAUAACUUGUGAUAUGUGAUAUUGUAUUAUUUUUUUUUAAA